AUGCAGCUUACAGCGCUCCUUCUCGCCCUGUCGGCGACCGCCUUGGCGAAGCCUUGCGAUGAGGUCUUUGACUACAUCAUCGUCGGCGGCGGUACUGCGGGCGUAGCCCUCGCCACCCGCCUCUCCCUCGGCCUCCCCGACGCCCGCGUCCUCCUCCUCGAGGCCGGCCCCGCGGCGCCCCAGGAGCCCAAGAUCAACAUCCCCGGCAUGCGCGGCUCGACCCUGGGCACGACGUACGACUGGAACUUCACCUCGGUCGCGCAGCCCAGCGCCAACGGCCGCGUGUUCAGCUACAACCGCGGCCGCGUCCUCGGCGGCUCCUCCGCCCUCAACCUCAUGUCGUACGACCGCGCCGCCGCGGCCGAGUACGAUGCGUGGGAGGAGCUCGGCAACCCCGGUUGGAACUGGGACACCAUGAUCGAGGCCAUGAUGCGCUCCGAGACCUUCACCGGCAAGAACACGGACACAUACGGCUCCGCCGGCGUCGGCGACAGCGGCCCCGUCCAGGCCGUCGUCAACCGCUACAUCCCCGAGCAGCAGGAGACUUUCAUCCCCGCCCUCGGCGCCCUCGGCGUGUCUCCCAACCUCGAGUCCCUCGCCGGUGACCCGCUCGGCGUCAUGUACCAGCCCAGCAGCAUCGAGCCCGAGGCCUGGGUCCGCUCCUACUCGGCCAACGCCUACCUGCCCAUCGCCGGCUCCAACCUGCGCGUGCGCACCGACACCACCGUCGCCAAGGUGAACCUCGCCUCCGGCAAGACGGAGCAGACCAAGAAGCGCGCCACCGGCGUCACCCUCGCCGACGGCACCGUCAUCCGCGCCAGCAAGGAGGUCGUCCUCUCCGCCGGCGCCAUCCAGUCCCCCGUCCUCCUCGAGCUCUCGGGCAUCGGCGCCGCCGACGUCCUCUCCGCCGCCGGCAUCGAGCAGGUCGUCGACCUCCCCGGCGUCGGUGAGAACCUCCAGGACCACCUGCGCAUCCAGACCUCGUACCACCUCAAGCCCGGCUACAUCUCGUUUGACAACAUCCGCGCCAACGCCACCUACGCCGCCGAGCAGCUCGCCCUCUACAACGCGGGCGAGCGCUCCGCCUACAUGUACACCGGCUCCGGCUACGCCUUCCUCACCUGGGACCAGGUCGUCGCCGACGAGGGCGCCGAGCUCAAGACCCUCGCCCAGGCCGUCGCCGCCGCCGAUGACCACCCCGUGACGCAGAAGAAGGUCGCCUUCCUCGACGACGCCACCGUGCCCCAGCCCCUGUUCGGCACCCAGCUCUUCACCCUCAUCGCCGCGCUCAUGCACCCGCUCGCCCGCGGCAGCCUCCACAUCAACCCCGCCAACCCCAGCCCCACCGCUAACCCCAUCAUCAACCCCCGCUUCUACGAGAACGAGCACGACCUCCGCGCCGUCGUCGAGGCCGUCAAGUACACCCGCAAGGCCGCCGCCACCGAGCCCAUGGCCUCCCUCUGGGAGACUCCCUACGACCCGGCCGAGGUGGAGGGCCCCGGCAGCGACGAGGAGUGGACCAGCUUCGCGCAGAGGACCUCUCUUUCCAUCUUCCACCCCGUCGGUACUUGCUCCAUGUUGCCCAAGGCUGACGGCGGUGUCGUCGACCCCACCCUCAAGGUCUACGGCACCGAGAACCUCCGUGUGGUCGAUGCCAGCAUCAUCCCCCUCCUCAUCUCGGCCCAUAUCCAGACCGCCGUCUACGGUAUUGCCGAGAUUGCGGCCGACAUCAUCAUUGCUGAUGCUUAA